CGCGACCCGCGGCUUAGAAGUACUUGCGCAGAGCGUCGGUGCGCACCGCACAGGCCGCCCCCCGAGCAUACACUCACCCAAGAGCAAGAUCCGUGAAUCGUCAGCGAGAUGCUGGUCGUCGCCGUCCUCGCCCUCACUGUGGCGUCCGCCCUGGUGCCGGCGGCGCUCGCGGGGCCGUCGGGCCCCGUCUCCAGCCCGCUCGCUGGCCACCCGCGCCCGGCCGCGGUAGCGGCGGCCUCCACCCGCGAGGACUCCGACGAGGCCCUCGCCAUCCCCGCCGGCUUCAUCAUCGGCGCGGGGUCGUCGGCGUACCAGGUCGAGGGCGCCUGGAACGUGAGCGGGAAAGGUGUGAGCACCUGCGAUCGGACCUACGGCAACCGUUCGGACGGCGGCGGCAACGUGGCCUGCGACAUGUACCACCACUACAAGGAAGACGUGGAGAUGCUCAAGAUCAUGGGGGCGACCGCCUUUCGCUUCUCCAUCGCCUGGGCGCGCCUGCUGCCCACCGGGGAGGGCGACAACGUCAACCCGGACGGCGUCCGCUACUACAACGCGCUCAUCGACGCCCUCCUGGAGGCCAACAUCCAGCCCGUGGUGACGUUGUGGCACGUGGACAUCCCAGUGACCCUCGAAGACGCCUUCGGGGGCUUCUACGACAUCAAGAUCGUCGACUACUUUGAGACGUACGCCAGGACGGCAUUCAAAUACUUCGGCAACAAGGUCAAACUGUGGACGACCAUAAACGAGCCGCACAUGUUCUGCGUCUAUGGCGCGGGAAAGGGACGCAUGGGCGCCACCAUCAUCAAGCCCGGCAUCAGCGAGUACCGGUGCGGCCACCACAUGCUGCUUGCGCACGCCAAGGCCUACCAGAUCUACCGCCAGGAGUUCUACCCCACUCAGAAGGGUCGGGUCGGCUUCUCGCUGGACAACUACUACACCAAGCCCUGCAGCCUGGACUACGACGACGUCGCGGCCGCGGAGCGCCACCAGCAGUUCGAGCUGGGCUGGUUCUUGGACCCCAUCCUGGGCGACAGGGGCGACUACCCUCCCGUGAUGCGGGAGAGGGUGCCCGCCGAGAGGCUGCCGGCCUUCACCCCCGAGCAGAGCGCCAUGCUGAAGG